AUGAUUAGAAAACUUGCUAAUUACAUUAUUAGGCCAUAAAGGGUAAUAUAUGAAGAUUCUGAUUUAGGUGAAAAGCAAUUUAUGCAUAAUUAUUCAAUGAUACAUCGAGAAGAUUUUGAUUUAAAAAAUAAGAGAGACCAGACAAUAAAAUGUAGUCUUUUCAGGUAAAAAAGCUAUGAGUUUGGGUCUUAAUAGAAUUGUGUUAUAUUUUGCCAUGGUAAUUCUGGUAAUAGAACCGCUAUCUUUGAAUGCCUCAAUUUUAUACUUGAUAGAGGAUUUCUUGCAUUUUGUUUUGAUUUCACAGGUUGUGGCAAUUCAGAUGGAGACCACAUUACUCUGGGCUACAAAGAAAGCUAAGAUUUAGAAACUGUAGUUGAUUAUGUUAAAUCUUUAGGUUACGUCAAUAAAAUUGCAAUUUGGGGUAGAUCAAUGGGCGCUGCAACAACCCUUUUAUAUGUAAAAGAAAAUCCUAACGCUGUAGAUGCUAUUUGCUUAGACUCUCCAUUUGCGAACCUCAAAAUAUUGAUUUAUGAAUUCAUUUAAAAAUUCAAAGUAUUCGCUGACAUUUUUGGUGAUAUCUUAUACCAGAAAGUAAAAGCACAAAUCGAACAAGACUGGAAUGUUAAUAUAGACAAUAUAAAUCCAAUCGAAUGUACUCAGCACGUGAGAAUUCCUGCUAUAUUUUUGCAUGCCCUUCAUGAUACUAUCAUAAAUAAAGAUCACUCAGAUAAAAUAGUUAAACUGUAUAAGGGCAGGAAAAAAUAUUAUAACUUUAGUGGUGGACAUAAUGACAUAAGGAAUGAUUAGCUAUACAAUGAAGUUAUGAAUUUUUUUGAAGAAAUCUUUGGAAAAUCUCAAACCAGCAUUACAAGUUGCCAUAACCUAGAAGAUUAUAAGCAAGAUAAUAUUUAAUCCUUCAAUCCAAUUAACUUUAGUACAUCAAGCUUUGGUGGCGAUAGCGAUAUAAAAAAUGAUCUAUUGACAGAAUAACAGAAAGAUAGACUUUAUGUAAAUAGAUAAGCAAAAAGAUCUAAAAUUUUCUUUAAAACAGAAAAUCUAAUUAAUAAAGAUGGCGAUAACGAUGCCAUGAAUAGAAGUUUUGUGAAAAUAAGAGAUCUAAACAUCUAAAGAAGAAUAAGCAAAAAAAAAACAACAAUUCUACUUAAAAACUUCGUUGAAAUGACUGAAGAUAGUGAUGAUGACUAUUAUGAAAAUUAAGAUACAAAAACUUAAUAUAAUAAGAUACUUACUUCAAAUGGUAAUAUAAAAAACGAAUUCUAGUAAGACGAUAACUUACCCAUAAGAAGCAAAAGUAACAGCAUUCUUAAAUCUAGCACAGUUGAAAUAAUAAUAGAUAACUAAGGUAGAGAGAGAGGCAUCUCUCCUAGCAAAAAAAACUAGCUCUCAGGGCGUUAAUUGCAUUCGUAAGAAUUUGAAGUAGAUGAUGAUGAGUUUGACUGUGAAGAUAACCAAAAACAUAUGCCAAACACAAACGAAUGCUUUUCUUUUAAAAAAUAUUCUAUUUAUAAACAUGCUUCUUCAAAUAAUCACGAAUAAUUUGAAAAGACUUCAUUUUGA